AUAAUCGUCCUGAGCGAAUUGGAACGCAGCCUGGUCGGGCUCGCGGCGUCCGAACAGGAAGUUUUUCUGCAAGUUGCAGCCGUGAGCUACGUAGCUAGAGAGCUCAGCUAACCGGUUGCUGCCCGCUGUCGGUGUUAGCUGCAGCUGGUGAGAGAGAACGUAUUAUGAAGCUAUGGAGGAUCGGAAGCUAAAGCGCAAGGGCAGCCGGAGCUCCACCAACCCUGCGGCUCAGACUGGAGGCUUAUCCCGGAGGAACAGCUCCUCCUCCCGGGGAAGGAAUGCCGGCAUGGGGAGCAUCUCCAGCCAAAGAAAUAAGAGCAGGAGGGGAGUGAGAGAUAAUAAGGCAAGAUAUCCACAAGCUGUGGGAGGGAAUAAGACCCAGGGCCAGGCAGCACCCGUCAUCCAGCACUCUUUCCUGACAGACGUCUCCGAUGUCCAGGAGAUGGAGAAAGGUCUGCUCAGUCUGCUCAACGACUUCCACUCAGGAAAGCUACAGGCCUUUGGCAACGAGUGCUCCAUCGAUCAGAUGGAACAGAUCAGAGAGAUGCAGGAGAAGCUGGCACACUUGCACUUUGACCUUUAUGCCGAAGUCGAGAAAAUGCCUGAGGAUCAGUGGAAAACGGCCUCCGACACCAACAUGGACAAGCUGCUUUUUAACCUCGAGGAGCUCAGUUCUUCCAUCCAGAAGCUGAACCUAACGGACACUCAAGAAAUCCCGAGGAUGGCCGCCGUGUGACUUUGGUUCUUUCCCACAUUACCUCUCCUGAAACCACGUGUAGGCAAUCCAACAAGGCGGAGUUGGAGGAAGUUCGCCUGAGGUCGAAUGUAUUUUCAGAUUAGCUUCACUGCACCAGUCAGUUGCUCAAAACGAUGGGUUUAACAGUGCUAUGUCUCUUAUAUUAAAGAUAAGGUACUUAUGUUUUCUAUUUAUUGUAUAAUACUUGUAAGAAAGUUGCACGGAGAUCAAAGAUCUCCAGAUUGAUUAUAUUUUACAUAUUUGGUGCAUCCUGUCAUUUGUGAAAGCAGCAUAGGUUUAUAACCCACCAGAUUCUUAUUUUUCAUUGAAAAGAUAAGACUGUUAUCAUUUCAUCUUCAGAUUUAACAACAAAGAUGGUAUAUAAAACUAGCUCAACUAAAAUUCAGUGAAUUCAGAGUUUGAAUGGAACAUGCAAAAUGUUUCUGACGGGUCAGUUUGAUGCUGGAAGAAUAAUCACAAAUCCAAAUGAUAACAUCACAGCCAUGCCUUAUUUUGUUUCUUUUUGCCUUAUUAGUUUGCCGUGUUUACAUCAGCCCAACCCUGAUCCUCAAGGUACACUGUCCUGCAUGUUUUAGAGGUUUCUCUGCUUUAAUGUGCCUGAGUCAACUGAUUGCAGUUCAUCAAAUGCCUGUUAAUCAGUCAUCAAUUGAAAUCAGCUGGACUGAAGCAAGGAAAUGCCAAACACAUGCCUUGAGGACCAGGGUUGGCAAACACUGGUUUACCUGACUGGAUCAGAUUUUUUUCAUGUUUAAUUUUAACCACUAGAUGGGGGUGUUUUCACACUUAGCCUUUUGCUUGAUUUUAUUUUUAUUGAUUUAAUAAAUGUCAUGUCAUGUAAGAAAGUAUUUUUUUCUCAAAGUCAGUUGUAAUAAAGAUCUUUAAAAAAACAAAAGGGUGAAUUUUU